AUGCCGAUCAACAGAAACACGUACGGGAAAACGCAAAUAGUCGAGCACUUGCUGGCCAAGCAGAUCAGCGGCGAUUCGGCGACAGGUCCCAAGGUCGCCGUUCUCAAUGCCUUUCGCACGGGGGUAUCCGUCAGCGCCUGCCUGAUAUUUAAGGGACUCGUCUCGGAGCUCGUCCUUUACGACGAGGAUGCGGAUCUCGUCGAAGCGGAAGUCGAAGAUCUGUCUCACGCAGCUGUUUUCCACGGCAACCCACGCAUAAUUCCGACCAAUGAUCUAUCCGACGUGAAGGACGCAUUGGUGUGCGUAUUGACGUGUCGCUGCUCCAACUCGGCUAAGGACGAUGAGGUCCAAUGUAAGGUGAAUCGCGUCAAGCUACAAGUCUCGAAAAUCAAACAAUACGCGCCUAACUGUAUCAUCGUCAUUGCCGAUGAACCAGUCGAUCUGCUGUCGUACGUAGCCUGGAAAACAUCCGAGUUCGAGUCCAACAAGAUCAUCGGAGUCGGCACGAUGCUCGAUAACGUUCGGCUUCGGAGCUUGGUCGCCAAUCGUCUGAAAAAUCAGAUCAGAGCCAGCGACGUUCAGUCUUUCGUCGUCGGCCAGGCGGGUUGUAAUUCCGGUAAGGAAAUUCGUGCAUUAAUUUGUCGGCCUUGGCUGUGUAUCUCGUUUGCAGUGCCCGUAUGGUCGAGCGCGUCGGUCAUGAACACCAGGCUGAAGGACUUUAACGCGUUCAUCGGCACGAGCCAAGACAGCGAGGCCUGGAACGAGCACUACGACAAGUACGUCCGAGACGCCAGCUCCGUCCUCACGGCCAAGCUGGGUUAUCACGGCUGGGGCCUCGCCGCCUGCGCCUGCAAAAUCGUCGACUGCGUCCUGCGCAAUACUCAGUCGCCGCUGCCAGUAUCGACCUUCAUGCCGGGCUGCAAUCACGGUUUCUCGGAUAAGAAUGUGUUCGUAUCGUUGCCCUGCAUCAUCGGUCGUACGGGCGUGCUGACCAUCGUCAAGCAAAGGUACACCGUAGAGGAACAGACGAAGCUCGAGCAGGCCUGCAGCAAGAUCCUCGCUAGCAUAAAAAAGUUCGUGCCCGAGCUCAUGAAUUGA